GGGAGGAGGGAGAGGGGCAGGCUCGGUGAGGCCAUGUGAUGCUGGGCGCCAGCGAGCCGCCGCCGAGCCGCCUCCUUCCUCCUCCGAUCGCGGGCUGUCAUGGCGACCCCCAACAACCUGACCCCCACCAACUGCAGCUGGUGGCCCAUCUCGGCGCUGGAAAGCGAUGCAGCCAAGCCGGUGGAGGCCCCCGACGCGCCCGAGGCGGCCAGCCCCGCCCAUUGGCCCAAGGAGAGCCUGGUUCUGUACCACUGGACCCAGUCCUUCAGUUCGCAGAAGGUGCGGCUGGUGAUCGCCGAGAAGGGCCUGGCCUGCGAAGAGAGGGAUGUCAGCCUGCCCCAGAGCGAGCAUAAGGAGCCCUGGUUCAUGCGGCUCAACCUGGGUGAGGAGGUGCCGGUCAUUAUCCACCGGGACAACAUCAUCAGUGACUACGACCAGAUCAUUGACUACGUGGAACGCACCUUCACAGGAGAGCAUGUGGUGGCUUUGAUGCCCGAGGUAGGAAGCCCGCAACACGCCCGAGUGCUACAGUACCGGGAGCUGCUGGAUGCACUGCCCAUGGACGCCUACACCCACGGCUGCAUCCUGCAUCCGGAACUCACCACGGAUUCCAUGAUCCCCAAGUAUGCCACGGCUGAGAUCCGCAGACAUUUAGCCAAUGCCACCACAGACCUCAUGAAACUGGACCAUGAGGAGGAACCACAGCUCUCUGAGCCCUACCUUUCCAAGCAGAAGAAGCUUAUGGCCAAGAUCCUGGAACACGAUGAUGUGAGCUACCUGAAGAAGAUCCUUGGAGAGCUGGCUAUGGUGCUUGACCAGAUUGAGGCAGAGCUGGAAAAGCGGAAACUCGAGAAUGAGGGGCAGAAAUGCGAGCUCUGGCUCUGUGGCUGUGCCUUCACCCUGGCGGACGUCCUCCUGGGAGCUACCCUGCACCGCCUCAAGUUCCUGGGACUGUCCAAGAAAUACUGGGAAGACGGCAGCCGGCCCAACCUUCAGUCUUUCUUUGAGAGGGUCCAGAGACGCUUCGCCUUCCGAAAAGUCCUGGGCGACAUCCACACCACACUGCUCUCGGCUGUUAUCCCCAAUGCAUUCCGACUGGUUAAGCGGAAGCCGCCGUCCUUCUUUGGGGCAUCCUUCCUGAUGGGCUCCUUGGGUGGGAUGGGCUACUUUGCCUACUGGUACCUCAAGAAAAAAUAUAUCUAGAGCUGGGCUGGGGCCUGGUGUGUGA